AUGGCAGCUCUCAACACGCUGCCAAAUGAGAUUCUUUCGCUUAUAACAGCCCAUCUCGAGCGACCACGAGACCUACUCUACCUGUCUCUAGCAAGCCGCCGGCUGAACGAGUUCGCAAAGCUCGAUGGUUGGAAGGCUUUACUCAAAGGUCGUUUUGGCCUUGGCGGAUUGGACUCGGAUGCGUACAAUGCCGUUCACGGUCUAACAACAUUAUGCCGGAACUGGGAUCGAAGAGGCCUCAUCGCAAGAUACCUGGAACCGACAGAGAGGACAAUGAGCAUGAACAUUUGGCAAGCCGAAAGAUGGAGGGGUCCGCAGGGUCAGACAAUGGGGUACCAGCCUAGUAUCGACAGCUAUGAAGAGAUGUAUGGAUCGUGGGGAGAACGAAGAGAAGUACUGGCAUGGUCUGCCGGCACACAGAUUGUUCUGCGGACCAAAGAGACGGGCACAAAUAUUGAAAAGAUUAGAAAACGUGAAGAGGGGCUCAACCAGGCAUAUGAUCAGACGUGGAGGUAUGACGCUUUUAAACACUUGAAUACGUGGUUCACGUAUAAGAUCCCGAAUAGCUUUGAAGGACGCGACGACAUUACCAAGUUGAAAUUACUCCGACCACAUCAGCGGGAUUUGGCCUAUGAAGACAUCGUUUUUGGGACUGCAUCGGGUCAGCUGUCGCUACUUAGUGUUAGCCCUGACCUCGCCGAGACUCAGACGCAACAUUACGACACUAACCGUCGUGGAAUCAACGGUCUUUCGGUAUCAUCGUCAAACGCGCCCAUGUUAGCUACCGCACUUGCAGACUCCUCGCUAGCGCUUUAUCCCAUCAACCGCGACAGCUUUUCCAACGAAGCUAUCAAGCCCUCUUCAGAAGUGAAAACGAUAUCCGACGGGGCACUACUGGGUAGAUUAUGGUCAUGCGAGUUCCUGUCCUCCGACACAGUGGCCGUUGGAUGGGGACCCCACAUCGAGCCCAUCGAAGUCUACCACAUCGGACCCGAAGGUCUUUCAUCUUCACCCCUUCGUCGAUUCAACGUUGCUAUCGAAAACCAAGCACAUUCACGUCCGACGUCAAUAUACCCCAUACUACCAGUACCAAGCACAGCGCAAGGUGCAUCGGAAGCAGGCCAUACUUUUCUUUCCGGCGGCUACGACGGCAUCAUCAGACUGCACGACAUGCGCUCACCCCGCGGUUUCGAACAAAUCUUCUGGGACCCAACAAACGACUCGCCCAUCUAUUCUCUCGCUGCGCAGGGUCUAGAACGUAUCGUAGCGGGUGUGGCGCUGCACAGUAUGAUUAAAGUCUUCGACGUGCGCUUCUCUGGAUCGCAUUCUUACCACACCAUCUCUAUGCCCAGCAAGCCCGUCAACAACACGAAAACCAAGUCAUCUCCACGCGACUCUUCCACCAAUGCCAUCGUUAGAGAGAGCAUGAAGACCCACAUUCCAACAAAAAGCGGAGGCUGGAAUCUCUAUCUCAACCCACGUAGCCCUCCUCCGUCCACGGCAUACCGACAAGACUAUUCGCGCGUUCGAGAAGAUUCCCCCGUAUACAGUCUUUCCAUUCCAUCGUCUACGUCUCAAAAUCUAUACGCGGGGCUUGAAGGCGCGGUUCAAGGGAUUACGUUUAGUGGGAUUGCUGAUAAGUGGCCGGAUCCUAUGAUGGCACGAGGGUUGGUGCGGCAUCACCACAACAACAGGAAUGUGAAUGGAGAAUUAGGUGGGGAAGUGGGUGUUCGCGCAAGUUACAACCCAGAUGGCGGCGCGCUGAAUUUGGGAAUGUAUGAGCAAGGUACUGAAGAGGGGAUAGGCAUGCAGUUGUUGGUGCAAGCCCGCGUUACAGAUAGUACGGUGCGGAAAGAGAGGAGGGAUGCAGCGAUGGCUAAGGGGUUGGACGAACGGUGGAUUGAUCUGAGGGACGAGGGGGAGAGGUGGACUAGAGGUGAGGUAGUACCGCGAAGGGAAGGGCCGACGCGUGGACCGAGGACUGGUGGUCGUGGGCGUGGACGAGGAGGAAGAGGGAGAGGAAGAGGUGUUUAG